AUGCUUACGCCAGAAAAAGCGAUUGGUCCAUCACCCGGAGUAUGGAAGAGUAUUAGAUCGAUAUUGUUAGCCUCGUGGCUUAAUCUCCUCCUAGUAUUCAUUCCAGUAUCCUGGGCUCUCCAUUUCGCCUUCGCUGGUGAGAAGGACACCAUCAUCUUUGUUUGUUCAUUUCUUGCUAUUAUACCCCUGGCCAAGCUUCUGGCCUUCGCCACCGAUGAACUCUCCAUGAGAGUUGGACAGACACUAGCUGGACUUCUGAAUGCUACUCUCAUAAUAUCCCUUGUAAAAUGUCAACUUCAAAUCGUGCAGUCAUCAUUGGUCGGCUCUAUCCUGAGUAAUCUUCGUAAGCGCUUGUGUUUAUUAUGGCGGUCAUCUUAUCGUUAUGAAGUUUUGGUUCUUGGCAUGUGUUUCUUCGCCGGAGGGAUCAAGUUCCAAGAGCAAGGUUUUGGACAAAUGGCUACCCAGCUGAACUCUUCUUUGCUUGCUAUCAGUGUCAUUGCUGUUCUCUUACCUGCCGCCUUCCACUUUUCGGUAGCUGGCGAUACGGACAAUGACGAAGCCUCAGACAUCCUGAAUGUCAGCCAUGGGACUUCCAUCGUACUGCUAUUUAUUUAUAUCUCCUAUCUGGUCUUCCAGCUCUUCUCUCAUGCUUCACUGUACACGGACGAAGGCGAAGAUAUUGUCAAAUCCACGCGAUACGGAGCCCACAAGAAGCUCAAGGCUGAGCCACCAAUUGAGAUGCAGACGCAGAGGAUCGGUACAGUCUCAUCUGCAACCAGCGCAACGAUUGCACCUCGGCUACAGCCUGAGGAUAACCGUGAUAUUGAAAGUGGAUCAGAUCAUUCAAAGGAAGGUGUCGAAGAACCCCAAUUGGGUCUAUGGGUCACCGUCGGGCUGCUAGCCACUGUUACUGUGCUAGUCGCAGUUACUGCUGAGUGGCUAGUAGACUCAAUCGACGGCAUGACAGACAGUGGCCCGAUCACUAAAGAGUUCGUCGGAGUGAUUCUUCUUCCAAUUGUCGGCAAUGCUGCUGAGCAUGUCACUGCCGUGACAGUAUCCGUAAAAGAUAAACUUAAUCUCAGUUUGGGCGUCGCUGCUGGAUCGAGUAUUCAAAUCGCCCUCUUCGUGAUCCCCUUCAUUGUGACUCUUGGGUGGAUCAUGGGCAAACCAUUGACAUUACUAUUUGAUCCCUACGAAUCUGUAGCUAUGUUUCUCGCAGUUCUAACUGUAAACUAUGUCGUGCAAGAUGGCAAAUCUAAUUGGCUAGAGGGCAUGAUUCUGAUGUGUAAGCUCUCGAUUCUACAGUGAGAUUCCUUUCAAUUCAAAAACUAACGACAGGUCUAUAUGUUAUCCUCGGCGUUACGUUCUGGUUCUAUCCAGGAAAUAAUCCCUCUAGUAACCUCUUAUCACAAUGUACUUGAUUCGCUAUGUUCUUUAGACCUUCGCCAGAUG